AUGGAACACAUCUUUGAUGGCCAUGAUGAAAUUUGUUUGCCUGCCUCGUUAUCUAAGAUUUACUGCUUGGACUUCAGGCGUCACUUUUCAGAUAUAGAAUUCUUUGAGAAAAAAUUUGCACCUGUGCUUCAGAUUGUGCUUGCCAUUCAAUCUGCUAAGGCUUUUAUAAAUAAAGAAAUAGGUAUAAAAGUUUGUUUAAAUUUCGCAACUUCCCAUCCUUCUAUUUUUAAUGAAGGUGACAUAAUUCACUUACAGAAGCUGAAGCAGGAUUAUGAGGAGAGGAAUGAAAGUGUUACAGAGGUUGUGAAGUGUGGUUUGUUGUCUGAAAUUAAGAUACAUGAUCUCAAUAAAGUCCUCAAACUUCUAUCAGGCUACUUAAUAAAGGACGAUUCUAGUAAAUAUUAUUUCAGCCAUAGUUCUGUAAGAGAUUGGUUGCAAGACGAAGAGUCAGAUUUCUUUUGCGAUGUACUCAACGGGCACUCCAUUAUGGCAAACUAUAACUUGAAAACUCUUAAAGUUAAGUAUCCUUCACCAGAGGAUUUUGGUGAAGAUUUAUGUUUUCGUCCGAAACAGCCAUACCCUGUUGCUCUUCUAGACCUCAAAUUCCUUUCUUUGCGUUACCUCUUUCAUUCCAGUGAGAGCGGAAGUUCAAACGUGAAUGUUCUGAUAUCUGAAUUAGGUAUUAAAUCAAUCCGCCUUCUUCAUGCCGCAUUUCACAGUAGUGUUCACGGUUGGGGUCGUCUCAUUUGUUCCAAGUAUAUGACAAUGAAAGUUCUCGAUGAAACAAAUGUCUUGAAUAAAAUGACCAUACCGGAAAAAUCUGAAUAUCUUGAGCUUGCUCUUUUUUGUACUUUGCAAGAAUUACUGCCAAAUUAUUUGAUAGCCGCACAUACUGGAUUUUUAGUGAUGACGUCAUGA